AUGAAGCUCGCACACGCUUGCGCGCUGGCCGCCGUGCUCUGGUCCGCCCUGGGCCAUGCCUCGUCCGACGACAAGAAGGAGAAGAAGGCCAAGCCCUGCACCAUCAAGUCGCCGAGCGACCGCUUCUUCGACCUGAACCCUAUCUCCAUCCAGCCCGACACCACCAAGAAGGGCAAGGACGGCAAGUCGCAUCCCGCCGAGAGCUGGCACGCAAAGGGCUACGACUAUCCUGCCAACUUUACCCUCAACUUCUGCGCCCCCGUCGUCGAGGAGCUGGAAGAUGUCGUCGGCCUGGACAGCCACAGCAUCAAGAACGUCAGCGCCUACUACACCCACCGUGGCAAGACGUACUCGAUCGGGCAACAGAACUCGGAGAUGGUCUUUCGCGGCAGGAAGCUUAUUCUUAACUAUACCCACGGUUCCCCCUGCGGCGAGGACUCCGAUUAUUACCGGAGAGACGUGAACAAUCUCGAGCCCAGGAAACAGCACGAUGACGACGAUGGCGACAGUUGGUACACGUCGAAGAAGGACAAGAGCAACAAGCGCCGCAAAUCGACCAUCAUCUCGCUCUUGUGCGAGACGGAUGCCCUUUCGCCCCCAGAUGAGGCGACUGUGGCUUUCGUCGCGGCCAGCCCGGACGAGUGCACAUAUUUCUUUGAAGCCAGGAGCAAGGCUGCAUGUGGAGGCAUCGAGAAGGAAACACAGCAGCUGGGCCCAGGCGGCGUAUUUGGCGUCAUCGUCCUGAUCGCCUUCCUCGUAUACUUUGUCGGUGGCUGUGUGUACCAGCGUACUGUCAUGCACCAGCGGGGUUGGCGCCAGAUUCCGAACUUCUCCUUCUGGGAGAGCAUCUGGCGCUUCUUUACCGACAUCUUCUUCAUCCUCACUUCGUCCUGCGCUCGCUUCAUGCCCAGCCGUCGCGGUUAUAGCCGCGUUUCACUGAACGGCGACAGGAGCCGAGGGCGGGGCAGGGACUCGGAUGACGAGAACCGAUUGAUCGACGAGCUCGAUGAAUCGUGGAACGAUUAA